UAUUUUUGCACUGUUUCAAACAACUGUUGUCGGUACUUUUAUUUGUUAGUUUGCGUGUAUUUUUCUGCAUUCGCAAACUAUCUUGCUAUAUUAGCUAGCUUACCAACAACACCUUAAUGGGUAGUUAGCUUGCUUGCUAACGUUGGGUAGAUCAACUCAGCCACAUUUUUCCUACAAUCAUAUGAUACGGCCCCUUUUUUAAAGUAGUUGGGCGUUUUGCAACGAACUUGUUAUGUGAAGCAAUUGCACCAUCUGGUCUGUUCCCAAGUUAUAUUUCCUGUGUUAGUCGUUUUACGUUCACAAGCCAUGUCUGACGCUCUGAAGAAACGCAAGUCCAAGGUGGUGCGCAGCGAGACGGGCACUCCGGAGGGAAAACGCGGCCGAGGAGAUGGAGAACAGGAAGUUCGUGUGUACAGUGAAGAAGUGGAAUUGGAUGGCAGUGACCCAGCAGAGGACUACCGACAGUAUAAACUGACCUGUAAAGCUCUGGCCAAACUGAUGAAUGAAAUCCAAGAGCUGAAAGCCAACGGAGCCAAGGAUGGGUGUGCCGAGGUGGAGCAGAAAAGGAUGCAGAGCUGUAUCCACUUCAUGAGUCUGAAGAAACUCAACCGCCUGGCUCACAUGAGACUGAAGAGAGGGAGAGACCAGACACAUGAGGGCAAGCAGAGAGUUGAUGUGUUGCACCUGCAGCUCCAGAACCUGCUCUAUGAGGUCAUGCACAUGCAAAAGGAGAUCAGCAAGUGUCUGGAGUUCAAGUCUAAGCAUGAGGAGAUAGACCUGGUGAGUAUAGAUGAGUUCAACAAGGAGGCUCCCCCUGAGAUCUCCCGCAUCUCCAUCACCAAGGACGAUCCCCAUCAACUAACACUGGCCAGGCUGGACUGGGAGCUGGAGCAGAGGAAGAGGCUGGCUGAGAAGUACAAAGAGUCUUUGUCCAGUAAGGAGAAGAUCCAGAAGAGUAUUGAGGUGAAAAAAGAACACCUGAGUUCCCUUCAGCCUGGACUUAAUGCUAUCAUGCAGGCAUCCCUCCCGGUCCAGGAAUACCUCUCUAUGCCGUUUGAACAGACCCAGAAACAGAUAGAGAUUGCCCGCCACCUCCCCCCCUCUCUCUAUGUCCUCCUGGUUCAGGCCAAUGCUUACGGACAAGCCUGUGAUAAGAGCCUGAGUGUGUCCAUCAGUGGAGAUGUGGAUGAGGCCAAAGCCCUGGCUAAACCUCCAGACGACUCCCAGGAUGAUGAUUCCGGUGAUUCUGAUGCGGAGGAGGAGCAGGAGAAAACGAAGAGAAGGAGACCUACAACAGGAGGUCAGUUGGAUGAUAAGAGACGUGAGAUGCUGAAGAGACACCCUCUCUCCCUCUGCCUGGACCUCAAAUGCAAAGACGGCAGCGUGCUGCAUCUGUUCUUUUACUACCUAAUGAACUUGAACAUCAUGACUGUCAAGGCCAAGGUCUCCACCGCCACAGACCUCACUGGAGCUAUUAGCGCAGGGGAGCUGUUGAACUCUGACACGCUGCUCAACUGCCUGUACGCCAACGACCAGGGCCGCGAGACUCCCAACCCAGCCAACCGCUACCAGUUUGAUAAAGUCGGGAUCAGUGUGUUUGGAGACUAUGUGGCAGAGCUGGGUCAUCCCUACCAGUGGGUUCAGAGGCUGGGAGGACUGCAGUUCCCCAGUGAAACCCCAGAGGGAUUGCGUGCUGGCAGUUCUCUAAGUGCCAGUCACAUGGAGAGCACCAUGAAGCUGCUAAGAGGGAGAGUCCAGUCACGCCUGGCCCUGCACAAACAGUUCUCCUCCUUAGAACAUAGUAUUGUUCCAGUGUCCAGUGAGUGCCAGCACCUGUUCCCUACUAAGGUUCUGUCUCGGCUGUCUCGCUGGACUGCCAUUACACACCACGAGUACACUAAUCUGUCCUUCACACGCCAUGUGUCAGAUGCCGGUCUGGCUCGGGAGACUGAUCUGUUCUUCCUGGCCGUGGUGGAGAGAGGAACAGCUCGUCUUCAAGCUGCAGUGGUGCUGAAUCCUCGUUACCCCGAAAUCUCUCCUCUGUUCGCUCUGUCUCUCAGCUGGAAGGGCGAGCGCGCGGGACGUUCUGAUGACAACCUCCGGGCCAUAGAGAGUGAGGUGAACGUGUUUAAAUCGGAGCUCCAAGGGCCCCGCCCUGGCCAUCAGCUGUUGACCAAUCAGGUGGCUCGUCUCUGUGUCUGUCUGGAUGUGUACCUGGAAACUGACGGACAGGACGACAGCGUGGAGGGACCGCGGGAGUUUCCCAGAGAGAAAAUGUGUCUGCGCACAGCCAGGGGGCCCAAUCGUCUGAAGCCGUUCAAGUACAACCACCCCCAGGGCUUCUUCAGUCACCGCUGAUUACCCUGUCCUUGAAUCCCACACCAAGUUUUCCCCAGUCACCCCUGACCACAGAACUAAACCACCUGCCCUCUUUUAAUACCAAACAGUUGUAUCUAACAUGUUGGAAAAUAAAAAAUGUGAUUUUGUUGAAA